AUGUGGAAACAAGUAAUAACUCGAUUCGGCAUCCUUGAGGUCGUCAUCUCUGACAAUGUGACGCAGUUCACUGAUAUAAAGUUCGUAGAGUUCCUUGUUGGUUUGGGCAUAAAGCAAAAAUUCUCAUCUGUAGAACACCCCCAAACAAAUGGCAAAGUUGAGGCCGCGAAUAAGGUCAUCUUGCUAGGCCUCAAAAAGCGGCUUGAUAAGAAAAAGGGAGUUUGGGCUGACGAACUUGCCUCCGUCCUCUGGUCCUACCGCACAACCGUACAAUCGUCCACAGGGGAAACCCCAUUCCGUCUGACAUACGGGGUGGAUGCUAUGAUGCCCGUGGAGGUCGGCGAGCUGAGUCCACGGUUGCUUCUGGGCAGAGUAGAGGAAGCUGUAGAGAAAGACCUAGUAGACGAGGCUAGAGAAAUGGCCCAUUUGUCGGAAGCAGCACUGAAGCAAAGAGUGGCCCUGCGCUACAAUGCCAAAGUACUCGGAAGAGAAUUCGAACAAAAUGACCUGGUCUUGCGACGCAACGACAUCGGGGUGCCGACUCAUGGGGAAGGUAAGUUGGCGGCUAACUGGGAGGGCCCAUACAGGUCAAAGAGGCGAUUGGUAAGGGCGCCUACAAGUUGGAAAGGCUCGAUGGCAAAGAAGUCCCAAGAACAUGGAAUGCGGGUAACCUGA